CGUCCAAGAAUAAUCACAAACAGGUUUUGGUUUAGAUUAGAAAUCUUCUGAUAUUUGUGUUACAAGGGGUGAGCCAAUAAUCUGAGUCGUUUUUUUUUUUUCUCCAGCUGCUCUAUCUUAUCUGCCAUUUUACUGUCAGUUGGCAUGUGCAUGCCUUUGCUGCUGGAUAAUAUUUAAUAGUUGGGCCAACUACUUUCCCCUUCAGCUAUAACUAUAGAAAACUCACUAUGGACUGCAUGCUGAAAGUUCUUAUUCUUGCUAUUUUAAGUGGCAAUUGUCAUGGCAAGCUGUUAACAGGUAGUUUUUGGCAUAUCACAGACCUCCACUGGGACCCUACAUAUAGAUUAGUUGAUGGAAACUCAGGAUCAGUUUGUAAUUCAAGUGGAAAUCGUCCGACCACACAUGCGGGUACAUUUGGAGACUAUGUUUGUGAUUCACCAUGGGACCUCAUCAGUUCCUCUGUGCAUGCCAUGAAGAAUAUCCUGCCUGAACCAGACUUCAUUCUUUGGACUGGAGAUGAUACACCUCAUGUUCCUAAUGAAAAUCUGGGAGAAGAGGCAGUACUGAGAAUCAUUGGAAAUCUCACCAACAUCAUAAAAACACUGUUUCCUAGUAUAAACAAAGUCUACUCAGCCCUAGGCAAUCAUGAUUACCAUCCAAAGAGUCAGUUGCCACCAACAGAAAACAACAUGUAUGAGCAAAUACAAAAGCUUUGGGAAGACUGGCUGGAUCCAGCAUCGAGGAAUACUUUUAAAAAAGGUGGAUAUUAUACAGAAAAGCUGCUAAACCAAACUGGUUUAAGAGUUCUAGUCCUAAAUACUAAUCUGUAUUAUGACCAGAACAAAAUCACAGAAAACAUGAAAGAUCCUGCAGACCAGUUUAAAUGGGCUGACCAAGUGCUCAGUGAAGCUUCCAAAAACAAUGAAAAGGUGUACAUUGUCGGUCAUGUUCCUCCUGGUUUUUUUGAGAAGAAGCGACAUAAGCCAUGGUUUAGGUCCGAGUUCAACAAUCAAUAUAUAGAACUUAUACAGAAACAUCAUGAGAUUAUAAUCGGCCAGUUCUUUGGACAUCACCACACUGACAGCUUUCGAAUGUUUUACAGUACAUCAGGAUCUCCAAUUAGUGCAAUGUUCCUGACUCCGGGGGUUACACCUUGGAAAACAACACUUCCUGGAGUGGUAGAUGGAGCAAAUAAUCCUGCCAUUCGGGUGUUUGAGUAUAACAACAAAACACUUUUGGUUGAGGACAUAGUGACCUACUAUUUGAACCUGACCUAUGCAAACAUUGCACAUGCCCGCUGGGAGAAGGAGUAUCGUCUGACUGAAGCAUUCAGAGUCCCAGAUGCCUCCCCUGUCUCCAUGCACCGGGUGUUGGAUCAAAUUGCACAUCAGAACUGCUACCUGCAGAAGUAUUAUGGCUUCAACUCAGUAAAUUAUGACCUGUCAGAAUGCAAUGCAGAUUGCCGUAUUGACCAUGUGUGUGCUAUGAGAGAGGUAGGCUUUGAGGCUUAUGAGCAUUGUGUGCAGAAGGAGGAAGCUUCUUCUACUGUCCCAGCAAUACUGACCAUAGUUUUUGCACUUUCUGUAAGUCUGUGGGGCAGCUAAUAAUCCUUUAAGAAGCCAUCCUUUUACAAGCAAAUCUUUGACUUUGUUUCUUCUCAUUUACUACACCAAGCCAUAUUUUUGCCAUACAAUCUCAUAUUGUUUUAAAUUAUCUGGAGGAAGAAGCAAAGACAAAUUAGAACAAUGGGUUUCUUUUUGUUUAUCAUUAGCGCAGACUAUUUCCUUAUCUUAUUUAGACCUGCACUAUAUUUACUACAUUUCUAUUAAAAUGGCAUUUUAAGAUUGUUUAUAAUUGUAUAAAAACUGUUAAAAAUACACAUACAUAUAUUUUAGAUUUUAUGACAUGAUUUUUUUCUUUACUGCAUGUUAUACAGUGC